UUUGCAGCUAGGCGCUCCCAGGAGCGGCGCCGGAAGUGGGCUGCGGGACACUUCCGGAAAACACCGGAAGUUUACGGCUGGGCACGCCCAGGAGCGGCGCCAGAAGUGGGUGCUGACCACCCCACAAUGGCGGACCCGCGGCGGCCCGCGCGGGUUACGCGAUAUAAGCCGCCUGCUACCGAGAGCAACCCGGCGCUGGAGGACCCCACGCCGGACUACAUGAACCUGCUGGGCAUGGUGUUCAGCAUGUGCGGGCUGAUGCUCAAGCUGAAGUGGUGCGCCUGGAUCGCCGUCUACUGCUCCUUCAUCAGCUUCGCUAACUCACGCAGCUCCGAGGACACAAAGCAGAUGAUGAGCAGCUUCAUGCUGUCCAUCUCGGCCGUGGUGAUGUCCUACCUGCAGAACCCACAGCCCAUGUACCCUCCGUGGUGACGAGAGGCUUCCCGGUUCGGGGCCAUAAAAAUAAAGGGGCAGCCCUGGAGGCUGAGCUGCUGUCA